AUGUCUUUCAUCGCUCUUUCGCAGAUGGCUACUGGUAAAGCCGAAGCAGAAGGAAUACAAACCGAACACUUGACAAGGCAAGGUAUUGAUAUGGGUUCAUUCCUAGCAAAGUAUUUAAGAGCCGGAGAGGUGAGAAGGAUAAUAUUUUGCCCUGAUUACUCUCGGGCUGUAGCUUUUCUACAUACUGGAGCUGUCAUUGACGGCAAAAAGGUUCACGAACCGGUUGUGGUAGUUGCUUACCCACACAGCGCCCAACAAUUUUGGACCGAUGUACGAAAGAAGAAGAAGAUAUGGGAAUUCGAUAUCAGAGGCGCGUGCCACUUGGAUAUGUAUAAAGCAUUGACAUACGUUCAGGCAUCUGGGUAUGAACAGAUGUUUCUCAAUAUUUAG